AUGAUGGGAACAUUGUCUACAUUCCAGUACUACUCAGUCCUCUAUCCCCUGGAGAGAAAACUAUCAGAUGCCAAGUCCCGUGAACUGGUGUUGUACAUCUGGGCCCAUGCAGUGGUGGCCAGCAUCCCUGUGUUUGUUGUGACCAAUGUGGCCGAUAUCUAUGCCAUGUUGACCUGCACCGAAGUCUGGAGCAACUCCCUGGGCCACCUGGUAUACGUCCUGGUCUAUAACAUCACAACGGUCAUUGUGCCUGUGGCUGUAGUGUUCCUCUUCUUGAUACUGAUCCGACGGGCCCUGAGUGCCAGCCAGAAAAAGAAGGUCAUCAUUGCAGAGCUCCGGACCCCACAGCACACCAUCUCCAGAAAUUAAUUCAGAACUCAUAAUAUUUUGG